UUUAGUAUAUUUUUAUAUUUGUUUUAUGUUAUAUUGUGUUCUAAUGAGAGGUGUCUGUAUUCAUAUUGGUAUUCGUAUCUAACUAUACAUAUGUGUGCAAAAGUCUGGACACCCUUGUGUGAGUGUGUGUGUGAUAAUUGGGGUAAACUGGUUCAGUAUGCCAGGCCUGCAGGUGUAUUAGUAGCAGACCACACUUCAAGGCAGCCAAGCAAUUCAGAUCUCCUUAACACUGCAGGUGUCACCACGCAGCUAAGUAUGUGCAGUGUACACUGUGUGUGUGUGUGUGUGUGUGUGUGGGCAGAUGGACAGGCAGAUUGGUGGGUCAGUUGUCUCUCAGCUGUGGACACGCCACCCAUGUUAAAGAGAUUAUGUGCUGGGUACAUUUACAUUUAGUUGCCAACUAUUGUGUAUCUUCAUUGUAGUUACACUCUUUGGCCAAUUUAUCAGAAACACCUACUAAUGGGGUGUGCUGUGUAGUUUGUAGGUUUACAGUCACACUGUAUAUACUUUGCCCUGUAUAUCACCAGUGACAGUGGUGUAAGGUGCGUGUGUGUGUUUGUGGCGCUACACUCCGUGGCCACUUUAUUUGAAAAGUCUUCUGUGUGACUCUGCCCUGCUGAAAUGCAGGUAGAGAAAGUGUUACUAGGUAAAAGAUGAGUACACCUGAGGUUUUUGUUAAACAAAUCAAUUGUGUUCUAUGCUCACAUAGUGUCAUGUCCCGUGACUUUUGCCAUGUCUCAUGAAAGCUUAAAAAUAUCAGUCACUUGCAUGUUCACAAGGACAGUUCUAGCCAGAUGCCACAGGCCACAAUCAUUAUAACCCACUGUGCUGCCCACUGUGUUAUGACAUAUACCUAGUCCGCACAUGACACUGCAGAUUGCAGAUUUAAGUAAGCUAGGGUGAUAUUAGCUUGUGGCUCAUCCCGCAUAGUUUGUUUUAACAUAAUUAAACCGUAGGCUACAGUCCGAUAAUAUUCACCUCUGGACAGCGAAAGAGCUAGGGCUUAGCGCAGUUUGCAGCUAAUGCUAAUGCAAGUACUUGGAAUAUUGAUUUAUGCAGAGAAGCGAAGGACAGGCUGCAAUACUGCAGUGUGUGGUUUGUGUGUGGCAAACAUGAUUUUGAAUACUGAAUACUGAGGUGUUGCUUUGUGGGUACUAGGGGUGCAGGAAAAAAUCGAUUUGAGCUCGAAUCACGUUCCUAACUUUGAACGAUUCAGAAGCGUUUCUCAUUUUCAAAACAAUAUUCUUUUUGCAGGUGCAGCUACUGUCUCGCAGAGCUUUUUAAACUGUUGUGCGGAGCUUUUUAACUGUCGCGCAGAGCUUUUUAAACUGUCUCGCGGAGCUUUUUAAACUGCCGUGCGGAGCUUUUUAGUCAGUUAAAAAGCUCUACGAGACAGUAGCUGAGCUCCGCGGGACAGUAGGGUGAGUGUUGCGAGACAGCAGCAACAGGACAGGGAAAGUUUUUGCUCUUACUGCCUCUCCCUAUUAGGCUACAGAGUGGUGUGUAGUGUCAUGUUACGGUGUCGUAUUGUUGAUGCGCCGCCAAAGUAUGGAGGAAUGAAGUGUGAGUAUGAAGAAAAAGAAAUACAACCGAUUUGAAAGAAUUGGGGAAAAAAUCAAAUCGUGAAAGAAUCAAUUCUGAAUCAAAUUGUAGGAUUCCCAACGAUUCACAGCCCUAGUGGGUACUGUAGUAGUUUUGCUAAGGUGGUUGCUGGGAUGGCUGUCAUGCUAUUUCAGGGGGUUUCAGAUGUUGCAGGUGGUUGCUAGUGUGUUGCCAAGUGGUUUCUGUGGUACUCCAUAUGUUUUGUAAGGUGUUAUUAGUGUACUUGUAACAUUAAGUGUGCACGGAUAUUUUCACACAAUUGAUUCCUUCAUAGCCUAGUUAGCAGCAUCUUCACACGGAUACAGCAUCCCUCUCCAGUGCUGAGGUGUUGCUAGGUGGAUGCUAUGGUAUUGUUAUGGUUUUGCUUGAUGAUAGCUCUUGUAUACUAGGUUGGUGCUUUGGUUUUUACAUGAUGGCUAUCAUCUUUGAUAAGAGUUUGCCAACUUGUUGCUUCUUGUUGAUGUUAAGAUGUUUAAUUCCUAACCUAGUUGGCAGCCUCUUCGCAGACUUGCACUCAUACCAGCUUUCCCCUCCAGUGAUCACUGAUGUCCAUCAGCUCCAAAUCUCACCUGGAAAAUCCUGUGUGACAGUUCAGCAGAGCUGCAGGUCUUAAGCCAGGCUAAGUAAACAUAUGGUGAGGAGAUGAUUGUCCAACCAGCAGCACUUUCUAUCAACUCUCCUCAGAGCUAACGGGAUAAAACCCAGCGCACUGACACGUCUGAACAUAUGUGAGCCUGAUUUACCACUUAAACCCCAGCAGGGUGUAAAACCACAAGCAGUCAGUGUACAAACUUGACGCCUACAAAGGGUGGUGCAGAGUCUGACGGGAGGUACUGAGGGUCUGCAGGAAGACCUGGAGGAAGAGCUCUUUUCUGACUGAAAAACUUUUAAAGAAACAACAGCAUGUCUCCAACCGCACGCAAUCAGAACUGCGAGGACCUCCAGGUUGCUGGCUAUCCCAUCAUGAGGACCCAGAAGCUGGAGGCCAGUGAGCUCCAGGCUCUGUAUGGAGAGGACCGAGAUGAAGAUGAAGAACAGCAGGUCGAGGUUGAGUUACCUGGUGAACGCAUAGCUGAAGAAGGUGUGAAUGAGUUCACGUAUCUUUCUGAUAUGCCCCCCCACUCUCGCCGACAGUCCUACAGACAAGUGCUGCACAAAGAGGUGUUCUUUUCUAAUGAAGCGUAUUACUGUAGACUGGAGGAGCUGAAGAAAACCCACCUGAAGAACAUCGCUGACCUCCAGAGACUCUACCUGAACCAGGUCGCCUCGGCCCAGAAGGACAGACAGCUGGAGGAUGAAGACCAGGACACCAGGGAACAGGUGGCAUCAAGGCCUCAGCCAAGAGACGACACUCAUCAGAAGCUUAUCGGCUCGGACCAAUCCGACACCUCCGUGGAGGAACAGGUGUCUGAGCCGGAGGAUGAGCCUGAAUGGGAAAACCCUCGCAGGGAACCACAUGUCAAGCAGGCACUUCUGACUCCACCCACCAAUCCCCCACCACAGAAAAACUGGUGUCCCUUCCUGAAGAUCUCCUCGUCUCCAAGCCCGGCCAAUCAGCAGUCACGCCAGGUGGAGAAGGUGGACACACGGAGGCGGGGGUCGAAAGUGACCAUCCCUCAGCCCUUCCAUAUGACUCUUCGGGAGGAGGAGCGAAAGCUUCACAGGGUGAAGACUCGCUCAGAGGUGGAGUUGGAGAACGAGCGUCUCAGGAAAGAGCUGGAUGAGCUGAAAGAGUGUGGCAGGAAGUUCCGGGCCACUCCUGCCCCUGUCUCCACCCACCUGGCUCCCUACGAGAUUGUCAAGACCUGUCACAGCCACCGGCAGCCAGACAAAGAGCAUGUUGCUGAGCCUCCUGUCGAGGGUCAUCUUGGAAGCCACCGUCUCCAAAAGAAACCAUCUCAAAGACAUUGUGCACAGGAGAAACCAUCCCACAGGCGUCGUGUCCAGAACAAAGCAUCUCCAGGACAUUGCAUCAAGGACAAAUCAGUACCAGGUCGUCGUCUCCAGGCCAAACGCCACAGCGCUCCUCCUCUUCCUCAGCAGCCCUUCAGCUUCAUCGAGAGAGAACGAAAAAAGAAAGAGAUGAAGCUUCUGGCGGAGCUGAACAAUCUGACUCCUCGAGAGGAACGCAGGGUUUUCAAGGCCAGACCGGUGCCCAGAUCUCUCUACCGAUGCAAUUCGCAAGACUUCCAGCUGUACGGUGCAAUCAGUCUGCACAGCAGAGCCCAGGAGCACAGGCUGAGCUCGACAGCACCAUCUGACUUCUUUGAGGAGUCACAGCAAGAGGAGGAAGUGGAUGAGGAAGAGGGAAACGAGGAUAAUGAGGUUUUUCUGCCACACAGAGGCUGGGGAGAGAAGAUGAAGAAGGUGAAGAAAGAGCAAAAUGGUGAGAGAGAAAGGGACUGGUCUUAUAUCCAUCCUCUACGCCGAGCCAGCGCCAGCCAGAGUCAGGACGUUCUGCCAGCCUGCAAGUCCGAUUACAUUAGUGUUAAAAUGUCUAGUGAAUGUUCUGUAUGGUAGACGUACAUGUACACUAAAUCAAGUACACUAUAUGGAAUAAGGUAUCGGAGUACACGUCUUAGACAUUGAAUUCAGGAAUUUAAGCCCCUAGUCAUGCAGUCUGCCUUUACAAACAUUAGUGAGAGAAUGGAUGGUUGUUGAAUGGAUGGCUUAUUGAACUAACCAGUGUGGUUCUGUAAUAGGAUGGCACCGCUUAGGGCCGUUUUAAGGCAUCUGGGGCCUCCAAGCUCAACUGACUAGACUGCCAGGCUACUAGCGUAGCUAACAUAAUCCAUUCGCCGUGACAUGAUACUGAAGAAUAUCUUCCCUUCUGUACUUAGCAGUAAGAUGCUCCGAAACUGGCCCAGGUUUUUAGAGUUCUCCUCUUUAGGGAUCCACACACCCUCUGCACAUCUUCACUGGUUGGCAACUCUCCUUCAAUGCCAGACUUCUCUUUUAGGAUCUUCCAUAACUGCCCCUCAGUGGGUCCAGCGGCUGAGGCUUAUGGUGGGGCUGGAUUUAUCAGAGCAUUGUUGUGGCCAAGAUCCCAGUCUCUUUCUGGGUCACUCAAGGUGUGGUGAAGGAAGGUGUUAACAUCUUGUGCAGAGCACUUCAGCUAGCUGCUGCGCUUGUCACCAAGCAAUUUCCUGUCGAAGCCAAAUUGUUCAUCCAUCUUCCUUUUUCCUCUUUUUUUUCUGGCUUCCUGAUGGAUAACUCCAUUGCUUCAUAAUUGCUGAAGGUUCAUAUUUUGCCUGCUGCAGGAAUUACAAACUUUGCUGGCUGUCUGGCUACUUUCAGUAAGUAGUGGGAGGCGCCCACUUAAGAGGGAUUCUGAUGACAGUGUCAUUGUACUUUCCUGAAUUGACCAUUGAAGAAUUUAAAGGGCCGCUCACACAGUUUAUAGUUGUAUUCAAUUCAUAACCAGUCAUUGUCUGGUUGCCCAAUGCCAGCUUGGAGCCUUGGGCAAUUAAUUGGUUUGCUUACCCUGUUGCAACGUGUCUGGCACUGCUAUAACAAGUCAGCUGGUGAACUUUCUUUCCUCUAACAUAUUCCACAAUUAGCUGUGAGUGAUUAUAGUUAUUGAAAAGUUAAAGGAACCAAUUACAGAGCAAGGUACUCAAGUGCUGAUCAAUAACUGCAGAGCUCCUCACCUGACCGGACAGACUCCACACUAAUCCCUAUAGACUUAUAAUGGGAUAAAAUCAUAAAAGCUCCAGUAGGUGUAAUGUGUAGGUGCCCCAAUACUUUGGUCUAUAUAGUUUUAGCUAAGAUAUUAGUAAAUUGCAUUGCUAAAUAGUCCAGCUAUACGCCUCCUCUGAUGCAAAACCUCUUCUCAAACUGCUGACUGAUUACAGAAAGCCGGAAAGCACCAGAUCCCCAGCUCUGAUACAUCAGCUAACAGACGACUGUGCCGCUCAGCAUUACAAAGCGAAUGAUCAAGGGGAAAAAGUGCUGUGAUCAGUUGUGUGCUUGAGCUCUGACUGCAUGAACAGUCCCCUCCAAAAGUAUUAGAACAGUGAAGCCAAUCCCUUUAUUUCUGCUGCAACAAACCUAUCAAACGUUGCUCUGGAAAAUUGGCAGGAAAAUUGUUUGAAUUCCCCUUUAAUGGUAAUAUUGGUGCUUUAGAUUAGCCAAUUUAGCCACAUUUGUAGCUAUGUGGUUCUGGUGAAAUGAUGCUAGCCUAACAGACAUUUUAAAAUUACUAAAUUAAAUGUUUAAGAGUUUUAAUAGUAGAAAAACUGUUUAGAGCUUCCGUAUUUUGCUUUAUUACUUAUUUUAUACUUAAGUUCAUGAUUGACGUAUGAUGUGAUUUACAAUUUGUAA